GAGAAACCAGCAAAAAGAAACCAAAAAGCUAAAGGCAAACAAAUUCACACAAUACGCAAUCUCGGCAAAUCGAAAGGCAACUCUAUUACGAUCAACUCUACCAACAAGAUAAACACGCUACAACUCUGGCAGCGCUCUCUGGCUAAUAAAGAAAAGAUACAAAGGAAUUAACUAGAACAUUCUCUCUAUCCCACUCUAAUGACACACACACACACAAAAACGAACACGUACGCACCAUCUGUCUCCCACACACCCACAAAUUCGACCAACUGGACCAAUUAAAUGUUUAUGGAUACAACAACAAAAAGGAGGAAAGCAUACCAAUUAAACCAAAUCUAAAUAAAACAAUUUUCGUUUCUUGAGGCAAAAAAAAAUAAGGGAAAAACUCUCGAACUUGGAAAUAAUUUCAAAUUUUCGGAAAACCCCAAAAAUAUAUGACAGUGUUGCAAGACAGCCCAAAAUCCAAUAUUUCGGUGUGCAAAAAGUAAAAUUUUUGAAAAAGGCGCAAGCGAAAAGUCACAGAUCAGUCAACAAACAACAAGAACAACCAGCAACAACAAAAACAACAGCAAGCUAACAACAACAAGAACAGCAACUGCAACAAACAACAAUCCAAAAUCGACGAAGACGACGGCCCCCGACAAAAUUCAAUUGGAAAAUUGAAACUUAUGGAUUGCUGGACGGGUAACGCCCGACUGGCGAGUGUUUUAGUUUAAGCAGCGUAAGCUGUCACCGACAUGGGCAGUGAGCACUACUGCUUGAGGUGGAACAAUUACCAAUCCAACCUGUUAGGGGUGUUUAGUCAAUUACUACAAGACGGGAGCCUGGUGGACGUCACACUAGUUUGUUCAGAGGGCACAUCCAUCAGAGCCCAUAAGGUGGUCCUCUCGGCUUGUUCCUCGUACUUCCAGAGCCUGUUCCUGGAGCACCCCGAAGGACAUCUAAUUGUGAUAUUGAAGGACGUCCGUUUUGCCGAGCUGCAAACCUUAGUUGAAUUCAUGUACAAGGGCGAGGUGAACGUGCAAUAUUGUCAGUUGUCCGCGCUGCUCAAGACAGCCGAAUCCCUCAAGGUCAAGGGCCUGGCCGAGAUGACGAACCAGAACACGACGCUGCGCGAACCCGAACGGGAACCGGACCGCUUGCGUCCGCAGGGCGGCGGCGGUAGCGGCGGUUCCGCCCACAAGUCGGCCGACAGUCCGGCGGCCGCGCUCGAUGCCACAGCGGCCACACAGGCGGCGACUGCCACGGCAACGGCAACUGCCGCGGCGGCAACAUCGACCUCAACCUCAGCAACAUCUGCGGCGGCAACGGCAGCAGCGACAGCAGCAACAUCUGCGUCCACAACGGCUACGGCGGCGGCGGGGAGUAGUAAUACAACAACAACAACGGCGGCAACCACAACAGCAACCUGUGCCACAGCAGCAACAUCCACGGCAGCAACAUCCUCAUCAUCGUCGGUGACAUCAGCAGCAGCAGCCGCAGCAGCAUCUGGUGUUGCGCACUCGGAGGAGGCGACCUCGUCAUCAUCGUCAACUGGCGGGCAGAAGCGGGAGGCUAGCGAUCGCAGCAGUCCCACGCCCGCCAAACGAUCGUCGCGAAUGCAUCCGGCGGACAAGGUGGAUGUGACAGAGGAUCGGGAACAGGAGCAACACCAGGCGGACGAGCUGCUGGGCGAGGAGCUGCUCGGUCGCAACUUAAAAGACGAGGAGGAGGACGAUGUGGAUGAGCUGGACGAGAACGAGGAGACGAUGCUAAGGGGUCGCGAGGAGGACGAGGACGACGAGGAUGAGGAGGAGGACACGCCCAUGCCGUUGGAUCUCUAUCAAAGACCAAAUGUCGAGCCAAAAAGCGCCGCAGCAGCAACAGCAGCGCAGCAGGGCGGCAGCAACAGCCUCAGCGGUAGCAGCAACGCUUGCCACACCAACAGCAGCAGCAACAGCAAUAAUAACAAUAACAACAACAACUCCAGCAGCAACAACAACAACACUAGUAGUGGGAAAACCUCAGCGGCCAGCAAUGGCGGCACAGCAACAUCCGGCGGCACAGCGGACUCCGUGGUUGCGGUGGAUGACGAUGACGACGACGACGAUGGUGGCCAUCAUCAUCAGCGACAGGUGAUGGACGAUCGAUUGGAGCAGGAUGUGGACGAGGAGGAUCUAGACGACGAUGUCGUGGUGGUGGGCCCCGCCACCGCGAUGGCCAGGGGCAUUGCCCAGCGGCUGGCCCAUCACAACCUGCACCGUCUCCAUCACACGCACCACCAUGCUCAGCACCAGCAUCCGCAGCAGCACCACCAGCAUCCGCAGCACCACCAUCCGCCGCACCACCAGCAGCACCAUACGCACUCGGAUGACGAGGAUGCCAUGCCCGUGAUUGCCAAGAGUGAGAUCCUCGACGAUGACUACGACGAUGAGAUGGAUCUGGACGAUGACGAUGAGGCGGACAACAGCAGCAACGAUCUGGGUCUCAACAUGAAAAUGGGCAGCGGUGCGGGCGGCGGCGGUGGCGUGGACCUGUCCACCGGCUCCACAUUGAUACCCUCGCCAUUGAUCACCCUGCCAUCCUCAUCGGCGGCGGCGGCGGCAGCUGCAGCGGCGGCGAUGGAAUCGCAGCGCUCCACGCCGGCCAUGUCAGCGGCCCAGGCAGCUGGAGCGGGCGCCUCGGACCUCAGUAUUGGUGGCUCCGGCGGUCGACCGGCGUCCAGGAGCUCACGCGACGGCGGCGGCAACGAUGGCGGCAGGGGAGGAGCAUCCUCCUCCAGCCUACUGAGCCCGGGAACCGUGGCCAAUCUCCUGCCCGUGCAAUCGGUGCCAUUGAGUCUCAAGAAGGAGAUCGAUUGCAGCGAGGACGACAACAGCAGUCACAGCAGACACAUGCAACAGCGUUCGGCAUCAGCUGGCGGCGGCCUGGGCGGCGACCUUGACUACCGCGCCUCCCACGAGUCGGAAACGUCCGAAUCGCCCCACCAACAACAACAGCCCCCACCACACGCUGUGGGCGUUGGGGCGGGCGGUGGCUCAGCGGCCGCAGCAGCUGCCGCAGCAGCCGCCCUGCUGCAUCAGCAGCAACAGCAGCAGCCCCCACACAGCCCCCCGCCGCCGCCCCUGCACAUGUUUCCGUGCAUCUACUGCCGCUCGGCCUUCCCCAACCAAUCGAAACUCACCCGCCACCUGCUGACGCACUCGCUGAAGACGCUCGAGUAUCGCGAACCAACCACCACGGCUCUGCUCCAUUCGCAUCUGCUGGGCGAUCUCAACAUGGCCGCCGCCGGCCUACCAUCGCCAUUCGCCUUUCAGAUGAACGCCGCCGCCAUGGCGGCCACUUCCGGCAGCGAUACACAGGAGCAGGUGGCGGCAUUGGCCGCCGCCUUUGGCAUCGACAUGGAGGCGGCCCUCUCGUUGGCCAGCACCGGCUGUACGUUCCAGAGUUUGACGGGCUGCCUGGAGGCAAGCUCCGGCGGCGGAAGCGGUGGCGGCGGCCAGGGUUCGUUGUCCCGCUCGGCAACUUCGGCCGGAAACGGUGGUGGCCUAAUGCUCGGCAGCGGAAGUGGCAGUGGCUCGGGGGCUGCAGCGGCAACGGGUGGCAGCGGCAGCAGCGGCUGUGGUGGCGGUGGCGGUACCGCCACCUCCGGCUCCUUGUCGCCAUCCACAUCCGCCGCAGCAGCAGCGGCGGCCGCUGCACAAUCGCAGUCAGCGGCGCUGCUGGGCGCCGCGUCCAGUGAUCCGAAUAGUGUUGUCAUGUGUAAGUUCUGUGCUAAAAGUUUUCCCGAUGUUACAUCACUGAUCACGCAUUUGUCGGUACAUACAGGUGAUCGACCAUUUAAAUGUGAGUUUUGUGGCAAAGCAUUUAAGCUGCGCCACCACAUGAAAGAUCAUUGUCGCGUGCACACCGGCGAACGGCCGUUCAGAUGUAAUAUGUGCGGGAAAACUUUCUCGCGCUCAACGAUACUCAAGGCGCACGAGAAAACGCAUUUUCCCAAGUACGUGCGCAAGUUUUUGUCACCCAGCAGCCCGGUCGAUACAAAGGAUGAGUUGCCGCAAUAGUGAAACGAUUUUAGUUUGUUAUUAAAUUAUUAUUAUUACUACUAUUACUACUAUAAUAAUAACAACAAUAACAACAACAACAACCACAAUAACAACGCAAACUAUUUGCAACACACCAACAACAACAUCAACAACACCAACAAUUUCAACUACAACAACAAUUGAUGAGGACGAUCCAACAAGAACUUUGACUUACUUAAGGAUGAAAAUGAAGAGGAAGAUGGAAGAGGAGGAGAAGAGACCAACACAACAAUACACCAAUGCACACACACCCACAUAUAUGUAUAUACCGUUGAAUCCAUGUAUAUACAUAUGUAUAUAUUUUAUUAAUUAUGUAAACGAGGCAUCAGUUCUGAAAGUUUUGGGCAAGCAGAAACUCUAGCAAAUAGGAAAGAGACAGCAAAACACCAACACGAACACAACAAAACACACACACAGACACAAUAGAGCAGGCAGGCUAUAACCGUAUAUAUAUAUCCCAAUAUAUAUACAAAUCAUCUAUAUUAAUAUAUACAUUAUAUACAAUAAUUAUAUAGCAGCAUAUUGUCGAAUUGUUGAAGUUUAUACCAAGAAGCGAACUUGUUUUUUUUUUUUUUUGAUGAUACAGGAUCUGUCCUUGUAGACAGAUGAGAAGAAAUGAUAGGGAAAGAUUUAUCCCUUCUUUUUGGAUGGCAAGAAAAGAGAGAAACGUUUUUUCUACCCAGGAAAACAGCUAAAGCGCAGCGUGAGAGAGUUGUAGCAGGAAUCUAAUAAAAAGAUAAAGAAAAAUAAAACAAAAAUAUAUAUAUAUAUAUGAUAUAUAUAUUUUUCAAAGUAUAUGUUAGAGAAUGUAAGACAUAUAGGCAAGAAUGAAAAAGCGCAAAAAAAAUUGAAAAGAAAUUUACAAAAAUAUUAAAAACAUAAAAAAUUGCUAACUAUACAUGAUAAAAUUGAUCUAAUUGAAUACGAUUUAGUAAUGCUAACGAUAGCGAUUAACGAUAAAGAUAAACAUAAACGUAAACGUAAUGAAAAGAACAGUGAACACACGUGAUGUAACUUUUUAAGUAGCAGCCGAAGCCGAAGGAUCCGAUAACGUAGAAUGUUGAUGAUGAUAAUAAUGCGUUAAAGUAGCUUAAAGUAUACAUAAUCCCUGUCCCCGAUCGAAACUAGAACACACUCAAAAUCAGUAAAAGCAAAGUGAACUGGUGAGCACCCCCCACAAUCCAAAACACCAACUCAAAUUUUCAAUUCAAGUAAAAGCAAAGUGAACUCGGGUAUCCCAAAAACAUCAAUACACCAACACACCGAUUCAACAAUUCACCAAUGCAUUAAGUGUAGCAUUCUUUUGUGCGUCUUCGGUUUUUACUUUUGCGCAAGUGAACGCAGUAGAACAUACAUAUCCCAAAAACACACUAAGACACAAGAAAGAAGCUAACACAGACAGGCUGAUCGGCUACAGAUCGAAUCGCUAUAUAGAGGACUCUUUUCGAUAGUGAGUUAGUGCAACUUAGUCCCCCGAUCCCCUCGCUCACACACGCGUAUAUUAUACACUCACAGAACUUAUUAUACAGUAACAUAUACAUAUAUCUAUAUACAAUAUUUAUAUAUCUAUAUAAACCAGAUGCAGAAAGCGAUAAAAGUGACAUUUUUGGAAUUCAGAUAAAAUUUGAGGAAAAUGAAAAAAUGAGUAAAUGAAAAGCAGCAGCAGCAGAAUUACAUAGAAUAUCUGUGAUCUUAACGAUAUUUAUAAAAACCUUAUACAUAAACCAAAAAAAUAUAUAUAUGUAUAUGAGUAGUAGAGGGAAAAACACACUAGGAAUACCAACUAAGGGUAGCUGUAGCGAUGAAAACAACAUUUGGCUUAAAGAUGACCCAUUAAAGUUCUUGACGCAAAAACUCACAUAAUUUCGAUAGUUCGUUUUUUUUUUUUGCACCACUCACCCAACCAAGUUUACUUUGCUUUGAAAAACCACACCCCUUAGGCUUUACGAUAAUGAAUUUGUGCUAGAAACUAAAGCAAAUGGAAAAGCUUAGAUAUACCCAAGCGUUAAAUAAGUAAUUAUAGAUUUUUUGUGUUAUCACGUUAUCACGAAUUCUCCACUUUGGCUUAAUCGAAACCCGAAGCUCCGCAGAUCCUCGCUGAAAAGUCCUUUUCCACCCACUUAGGUGAUUAGCCCGGCAACAACAGCAAACGAAACAACAAGAAAUGCAAAUCGAUCUCAAAAUUAUAAACAAAUGAAAACAAAAAUUAUCUAUAAAAACCAAGGAAGCUUGUGAAUAUCUUUUGUCGCUGGGGCUAAGCGUGAAAAUCGAGGGGAAAUCAUUAACUCGUUUCUGCGGUUGGGGCAAAGAUUUUUUUUUCGAUUUUUGGCAACGGAUUGGGAACAGCAAGCUGCAAAAACAAACAAAAAAAAUGAAUAAAAAACUUAAAAACAUUUUUAAAUAUAAAAAUAUUAUGAAAAAGAGGCAACAACAAACGCACACAAAGCACGCUAGACAAAAUUCAAAAUUCUAAAUUUUAAACCAAAAAAUAAAAAAAACUUUUGGCAAGAAACAAAAAAUGGAAAAACUGAAACAAACACAAAAACUUUUGGAUUAAACAAUUUGGCUGUGAUAGCAUUACAUGAAUAGUAAAUAAUUAAUGGAUAACAAAAUAUUUAACCAAAAACAUAAAAAAUCGAGGGGAGGAGAAUUAUUUGCUUUGCAUUUUGGAAAAGCGAGGAAAAGCGUUGCCAUUUUUCACCUUUGUUGUUGGCUUACUUUUCUCAUGCAGUAUUAGAGGACUUUAGGAGAGUAGAAGCAACCGGCAUCAAUUCAAUAAUUGUGAUGUUCAAACGAAAGCAAACACAACGGAUAUCUGCAUUAACAAUUAUCCAACAUAAUCAAGCGUAAUGAAAAACAAAAUUUAACCUUUAGGAACAAAUGAAGAAAAAGAAAGCAAAACAAAAUUGUGAUUUUCGGCCUUUUAGAAACAAAAUUAUAAAACAAUUAAUAACGAUACAAGUAAUGGAUAAAUAAUUAUAUUAAAAACCAAAAGCUUUCUCGAUAAUUUUAAUUGCAUUUCAGUGGGGGAAAUUAGAAACCAAAAAUGGGGAAACAAUUGAUAUUAUUUUCGGCACAGCCAGACCAAAAAAUCUUUGCACAGCCGCCGCAGAAAACCAAACAGGGAAAAUCGAAAAGCGAUGAAAACCAAAACAUUCCAAGGAAAUAUGAGUAGACAAAGGGUGGACAAGGACGGGCGGGGGUUGGGGGCUUCGAUUUCAAUGGAAACAAUUUUUUUCGCUAUUUUUUUUUCGUUAAUUAAAUAAUGCACUGAAAACAACCCCCACAAAAACACUCUCACAUACAUACACACAAUGUUUCAUGCUCUGUGUCUCUUAUUAAUUUUUUUUUUUAAAUACAUAUAAACCUACGUGAAUAUAUAUGAAUAUAUAUAUAUAUAUAUACAUUUAGUUCUAAAUGUUUAAGCGAAAUGUUAUUAUUAUUAUACCAACUUAUAUGAAAUUUAUUUAGCUUUAGCAACAAAACAAACCAUUUUAACUAAAAAACGUGGCAACAAAUUGAUAUAUUUUUGUUUAUUUCAUUGAUAAGUUCGAACUACUUUCUGUUCUGUAAUGUAUUACCCAAACGCAUAUUAUUUUGUUAAAUGAUUUUCAGCCAGGACACAAUGAAUUUGUAAGCUAUAUGAGAAAAGUAACUAAGGCAACCGACCAGAGAAACAAAAUAACCUAAACACACAUGUCAAAGAUUAAAUUUAAAUUCAAAAUCAACAGACGAAAAUAAACAGUGACAGCAGCUUAAGUGGAAAAACAAAAGAAAUGAAAAUAAAAAAAAUCAUAAAACUUUUGGCCUUUUUUUCUUCGUUCAACUUUCAUUUUCUCAUGAUUAUACUCAUCCAAAACUUUUCACAUAUCAUUGAAAAAUUCAUUGUGUAUGCAUUUUCAUUUGCCCUCAUUUUAAAUGGUUUUACUACUCAUUAAGUUUAGUUGAUAAGAUUUGAUUUGCUUAGCGCUUAAGUUGUGAUCAAAAGUUCCUUAGUUUGGUUCCCCCAUAAACGUUAAUUUGUGUUUCAAUUAUAUUUUUAUUUUUAAUAUUUCAACAAGCCAUCAAACAGCAGCAACAAGAAUAAAAAUUUCUAACAAGUUCCUUGACAACAGCAAAACAAAAUAAUUAAUAAACAUAUAGCAAAAUAUACAAAAUUGCCAAUUGACCCCAAGCAAACGGAAAAAUCGACACACAGUUUGUUUUUAAUUUAGUUUCUUUUUAAUUUCUCCUUUCUGUUCGUUUCCUUUUGUGGUUUUAGUUGUCCAAAUGUUGCCAGUUUUUUUUUUAAUUAUGUAAAAAAAAAGAGAGAAGAAAGAACUUUUGGAUCAAAUCAAUGCUAACACAAAUUUUUAGUGGAAAUUUUACGAGUAAAGAACUUUUAGGCCUAAAUAGAAACGAGAGACUCAAAAUUAAUUUAGCUUCUUCUAGUUUCCAAAAGAUUUAGUUUCAAAAUUGUUGGAAAACCCUAAAGUUAAUGAAAGGAUAUCGAUACAUUAAAUAUAUCUUUAAAGGCACCUAAAGCACCCACAUAGAAGCAGCGUACAUAUAUAAACAUAUAUAUUGAGAUAUUCAGCUUCUGUUUAAAGAUUUCUGCUUUAGGUUCUACCUUUAGUUCCCAGCACAGAAAAAGCCCUUAAAAUAAAUGGAUAAAUGAAAAAGAAAAAUAUCAUUAGGCGUAACUGCAAAAAUGCAUUUUAAAGGAAACAGGAAUUUAAAAUUAUAUAUACAAGAACAAGAAACACAAUAGCAACAAGAAAACAAAAACAAUACAAAAUUAUAUAUGUAUACAAGGUAUUUGGAAAAGCGAAAGUAAGGAUAUUUAUAUAUGAACCUAUAUAAAUACACACACACAGACACGGACACAACACACUCACACACACACACACACCCCCCCAAAUCCCUAGGAUAUAUAUACAUAUGCCUAAAUGGAAGCUUCAACUUGUACAGCAAUAGCAGUUGAGAGGAGAAAAACAUGAUGGUAUCGAGGGAGAAUAAAGUUAAUUAACAAUUACGCUAGAAUUGCAUACAAGUCGAAUUUAUAUAAAUCUAUAUACAUACAAUGCAUACUAGCAACAUUUACAUACUCAACCUACUGUAAUACAAAUGUUUUCAGUUCGUUUUGAAAACGAUUCCAAGCGAAAUUCGAUCGACAAACUUAGACCUAGAGAAAAGCUUUGGCACACAAAAACGGAAAAAAAAGACGAAGAACGGAAUCAAUAAAUAAUUAAAGAAAAACAACCAAAACAGUUAUGCAAAAUUACCUAACAAAAUUCCCAAAACCAAAUUCCAACUCAAUAUAAUAUAUAAAAUCAAAUGAACAAAAAUUGCAAGUUUCGGCAAGAGAACCUUUUAAAAAGUUCGUUUCGGUUUUCAUUUUUGGCAUAGACAUUUUUUGCAAUCAUAUUUUCGUUUUCAAUUUUUCAUUUUCAAUUUGUUCUAGCAGAAAAAGUGCUCAGGGUAAACACAGAUUCUUCCAAUACAAUAUAACUAAUGAAUGAACAGAACAGCAGAACAGAAACAGAAACAGAAACAAGCAACAAACAAUAUUUAUAUAUGCAUAUAACGCUCAGUAUAUAUCUAGAUAUAUAUAUUAUAUACAACCAAAUAUAUACAACAACUGCAACCGCAAACAACAAUAGUACCAAUAUUUAAACACAAAUCUAAUUUACAAAAAAGUGUUGAAAAAGUUGAUAUACAUAGAAAUAUGGAAAACAGACAACAUAAUGGCUGCGGAGGAAAUGCUUUACAAAUGCAUUACGUACACACAUAGAAAAUGUUUACAAUCGACUUAUAUUUUUUAAUUGAAGCGUAUUUUUUUAAUUAAUUAACUAACUGUAAUCAACAAGAACAAACAGCAACUAUAACGACAAAUGAAUAAUAAGCGUAACAGCUAUGAACAGUAAUGAUUUUACACAAUCAAACAAUAGAUGAAAAUAUAUUAACGAGAAGCGAACUGAGUCAGUGCUUUGACCUUUUCUUUUUGUAUCUACAUUUCUCUUGGUUACCACAGGAUAGUUGAAAGUGUGAAGUCUGGGUUUUUAUACAAUAAAUAGACCCUCGCUUAGUACCUUCCUGCUCCAAACGCAAUAAAUGCCUUUUUUAAAUGACAAAAUAGUGCUAGAUUACGCUCAGAAGUAUGCCACAAUUUCGAAGUUCAAGGGUCCGGUCCGAACUAGUUCCGAAACAUAUACCUACGCAUUUACCAAUAGAACUCUAUCUCUCCCUCUCUCUCAAGUGACAAUAAACCAGGAAAAAACUGACGAAAUCAGCAAAUCAGUUUGAGAACUAGUUCUCAAAACCGAACCAAAUCGCACCCAAAUACAAUCAGCGAACUGCAGUUGGUUAGCAAUAGUCAAUAGAACACAACUGUACUUAAAUGAAUCUGCAGAACUAAGUUCAGGGGCACUAGUUCCGGACCCCAAAAGAAUUGCGGCAUAUGCAAACGUAAGACGACAUAUGAUUGAUUGAUUGAUUGAUUGAGCCACACACAUACCUACACACAUGUACCCUGUUGACGAAUUGCCUUCUUCAUUGAUUUACAUAAUCACCUACAAUACAAAUAAUUUAAGUACCCACAGUGAAGCGAUCGAUAGACCGAUAAUUAGAAACAAUUAUUAAAUAAACAAAGACAGACAAGACAAGAAGUAACAAUUGAUAUUUACACCCAGCUCAUAGAUGUUUUCCACGUUUUUUACAGUGUUACAGAUAAAACCCAAAACCACAAAACAUAGAAAAAGCAACAAAAAAAAUGUAAUAAUGAUAGAGUGAAAUAACAAAUGACAAAGGAAAUGAAUUGUAACGAAUGCAACUUGAGUUGUAGUCAAGGUAUAUAAAGAUUGUUUGUUCGUAGUAUUCGUAGUAUAUUUUUUGUAUACCGCAUGUGUUUCUGUUUGACAAAUCCUUACUUUCAAUAUGCCUUUUUCUGUUCGUUAAGCGAAACUUGUAAGCGCAGCAAGCGGGACAGUGAAACGCAAUAAACUAAACAUAAUGAUAACUAGCAAUUGGUUUCAUCGGCGUAUAAAAUCAACCACAACAACAACAACAACCCCAAUAAGAAUAACAACCACAAAGCUAUAAUUAAACAAAAGAAAAACUAAAUAUGUUUGAGUGCCAAGCUAACAAUUCGAGGACAUACUGUACAUAGAUAAAAAAAUAAAGAGAUGGAAAACGAACCAAAAACAAACACGAAUAACUUUUAAAAAUAUACUCAAAAACUAGGCGUCUGUGUGAGUUCAGGAAAAUCAGGUAAACUAGUUUCAAAAUUUUCAAAAUUCCUCAUAAGAAAUUUGACAUUAUUUCGAAAAUUCAACAAAUUAGUUUCCUGAUUGCGCCUAAAAGCACGAAAUACUCUUUCAACAGAACUCGAAAAACAUUGGUCAAUUCGAUUUUUGACUUUUAAAAUGCUGAAAGAUGUACAUGAAAUGCGAUCAAUAGAAUCACAGCAGAAAAACAAGCGAACCUUUUAAUGCAAGUCUAAACGUAAGGCUAAACAGGAGACAAACCUAGAACCAAUUUUUAAAGAAUAUCAGCGCGGAAAAGGCCCCUCCCCCCCCUUUCCAAGAUGUACAUUUCCACACACACAAAACACAACGUACACACUUUUUGAUACGCUAAAGUCAAGUUAAUGAAUAUGAUAUCUACACACAUUUAUAUAUAGUAAUGUAUGAGGUAAACAAAUAGCAGGACAUUGGAAACCUAAAAGAAAGCUUCAAAAGUUGUAAACAAUUUUUUUCGGUAUAAGCUCAAGACACACGUACAUGUACACACACACACACACAUACACACGCAAAAGAGGAACUCACACAUAUACAGAGAGGCAGAGGAGCGAGUGGAAAAUUUAGGCUGAACCAGCGAGAAAAAUUGUUAAUACUAGCUUGUGGGGCUUAUUUUAUAUUGGUCGAAAACGGAGGCUGAAAGCUGAUAAAUUUUUUGGAAAUUAGCAUGGAAAAACCAAAAGAAACGACAGAAAGGUUAAACGAGAGGAAAGAGAGAAAAAACAACACUGUAGUGCCUAAUCCCCUUUAAACAAGAGAAAAAAAACAAAAAACAAAACUAAAAACAGAAUAAAAAUAAAAUAAAAAGUCGAAAACCAAAAAAAAAAUAUAUAUAUACAAUACAUAUAUACAUUAUACAUACUAAAGUAAUAUUUUAUAAAAACGCGCAGAGCAAAAACCUAAAAAAAAAAAAACAACAAGAACAAGGAAGUCAAAAAUGGAAAUUGCAGUUUUUUUGAUAGUUAUUUUUUUAGCGAGCAAUGGGAGGCAUUGAGAUCUAUAUAUACAUAUAUAUAUAAAACUAAAUAUACAUACACACCUAUACAUUAGUAUAUCUCACACACAUACAACCCACACCCACAUUUAUACAAAAAGUACUUACGGCAUGUAAAAAAGAAAUUAGUUUCUAACGAACGGCGAAAAAAAUGAACAUGAAAAUGAAAAACUAUUAGAAAACUGCAAGGCAAAUUUGCGAAUUUUAGGCAGUUAGCUAUACUACACUCGCCCACACACACACCAACAAACACACACACACACUCAACCAAAUCGAGAAAACAAAGUAGAAACAACAACAAAGUAGUUUUGCAUAUCCCCAAAAACAAAAACAAAAAGAAGGAAAAGUAAAGGUUUGGAAUGAUAAGAAGUGAAUGGAAAAGCCACACAAGCACAGACACACAAGAAACCAAUUUAUCAAAAAAAUUAAACUAGUUUUUAGUAAUGAAAGAGAAUACUACUAUUUUCACUGAGAAAAAAAACACCAGAACAAAACAAUGUAAACAUAUUUAAUAAAUUUAAAGAAACCCAAAAAGAAAAAACCAUAUUUUCGACAUAAGCAAAAUGAAUGAAAUACAUUUUUAACCUUCCUCGAUAAUUUUUCAAGCAUACGGAAAAGCAAAAUAAUUAUUUUCAACGUAGUUGUUUUCGUUCCAAUUGAUCUUGAAUUAAGAAUUCAAGCCAAGCAUCCAAAAUAAUUAUAUGAAAUAUAAUACAAAAUAGCAGCACACACGAAGCAAGUUGAAAAGUUGAAAAAUGGGUAGCAAAUUAAUAGUUUUAGUAAACGACGGUUGAGAAAAUUUUUGUAAGUUCCCUAUUGAGGCUCAUUCAUAAAUAAUUUUACGAAUAAUUUUUAACACUUAUUAUUUGUUUGUUUUUAGACUUUUUUUAAAUAUUUUCUCUUAAGUUAUUGAACAUAAAUCAAUAAACGCAGGGGAAAACAGCUCUCGACUUGAAAGCAUUCCAAUGGGGGAUUUUCCACCGAAAAUAUCUGGGAUCCAUGAGCUGUUUUUCCAAAUGCAAAUGGAACUGCCUAACAUGAGGGUUAAUAAACAGAGUAGGGCGGUUUUAAAACCACACUGACAAAAACAAAACAGAUAACAUGAAGUUCACAACAAACCGAUAUCCGAAGAAAAGUUUAAACAAUAAACAAUAACCGAAUUAAGAGGAUGAACAAAUAGCUGCAAUACGUUAUGAUUACGUCAAUAUGUUCCUACAAUAUAGACAUACAAGAUACAUAAAUAAUUUAUAUAAAUAUAUAUUCUUAACUAACUGUAAACACACCACACAGAAAAGCAACAAAACAAAAAAACAACAAAAAAAGAGAAGAGAUUGCGAUGAAAGAAUUAUACAAUAAUUAAUUUAAGGCCGCGGCCGAAAAAAAUUCACUAAGAGCAGCAGCGACUAACUAAAACUAAAACUAAACCUUAAAUAAUCACCCGCUUAAGUUUUAUUCAAACAUUUUCAUCAACAUUAUCCUAAGUUAAGCAAUUUCCCAUUAUUUAUUGAGCGAACGUAAACUUAAAAUGACUCUAAAAUAAUGCAAAUUAUAUAUACACACAUAUAGAACUAUAUACUGCAAUUUAAGUUCCAAUCGAUACAAUUUAGUUUUCAUUUAUUUUUUUUAUAAUUCGACAUAAGUUUUUGAUAUUUUGUGGCUAAUAAAAGCAAAUGAAAGAAACCAUCAAAAGCGAAAUAAAAAUAUAUUAAAACCAUUUCACUCUCAUGUACAUUCCUUAUCGUUUUACACACAUACACACCUACACACACAUACUUAGCACCCAUACCAACACACCCGAGCUGGAACUAUAUACACAUACAUAUGUAGUUCCAAAUGGUACUUUGUACUCUACAUGCAAGAGAGCUUGAUGGGAACUCAACAGAUAUAUAUGGAAAAUACCCGAAAAAAAAGAAAACGAAAAAUAAUUAUUACUAAUGAAAAAAGGGAAGGUUAAAAAUAUACGCUAACUAUAUAUUUUUUUCGUAGUCGAAACAAGAACUAAAAAAACCAAAAGCACUGAGCAAGAAUAAUUACUUACAAGAACUCUCCACUCAAAUUUCGAUUCGAUUCGACUCGACUCGACUCAUUUUUCGAGUUGACCCAAUGCUGAAUAAAAACUAAAAAAAAAACUCGAGAAUUAAAAACUAAUGAGAGCAGCUUUUCAGGCACCAAACAAAAAACGAGCAAGAAAUAAGAAAAAGAAAACAAAUAGAAGCAAUCAAGAAGAAUAUUUUAGAACGAAAUUGAAUUCAAUUACUUACACACAGUCGAGGCAAAAACCAUAUUUUAGGCAAACCAAAAGCAAAAAAAAAUCCACACACUCGUACCCAGAACAACAAAUUUAUAUGAAAAUUAUUACAAGCAUAGAAGAAGAAGGAAAAAAAUAAGAAAAAUAUUUAAGCAAAGCAAGGCAUAUCAUAGUUUAUAACAAGAAACCGAAAUACAAAUAUGAAGAUUGCAAAAGAACACAAAAACAGGCAGAGAAGAUUCUGAAAGUUUCCAGAGAACGGCCUCCAAAAGCAGUUUUAAUUUCAAUCCGCAGCCCCGAAAUCCCAAACAUUUUCCCAACUCCCCAGAGAAUGUCAAAAAAUAAUUGAAGAAAGGCUAACGAGAGGGAAUCAAGACAGCAAGUUAAAAAAAAAAAAAAAAAACUAGAUUGAAAAACAAGAGAAAGUGGAGAUAAA